AUGAAUCUUUCACUUGAUUCAAUAUUAACAAAUGCACGUGAACUUGUGUCUCGUUUACGUCGUGAUGAUGCUACAGCUGAUACAGCUGUAAAUCAAGCACAAUAUGUUCAAGAACGAAUUCUUAGUAUGAAACAGUAUGGUGAUGAUCUUGCUGAAUUAAAUGAUAUAAGUUCUCAUCGGCCAAAAACAGCAAUUCUUUAUAAUAUUCAAAAAGAAAAUCGUCUUAUUAAAGAAUUACAAAAGGAAAAUGAAGAAUUAAAACAAUUAGUUACUGAACAUCGAAGUGUAUUAGAAAAAAUCAUGUAUAAAUAUCGACAAGAUAUACAACAACUUAUUUUAAUGAAUAAAGAAGAAACUAAAGCUAUUAAUAUAUUUAAUACUUCAUUAGCACAGGAUAUUCAAAGUAAAUCAUCAAAAAUUCAUGAAAUGGCAUCAGUUAUGCGUCAUGCGAUUGAUAUUGAUGAUACAAAUAGUGCAUCACAAGAAGAACGUAUAAAUGCAUUAUUACUUGAAAAUCGUGGUUUAAAAGAAAUAUUAGCUGCACAUGAAAAUAUUCAUCGACCAAAACAAAUAUCAACAACAACAUUAGAGUCAAAUACGAAAAGUGACAUUGAUGCUACUUUAUUUUGGACAAGAAAUUUUAUCGUUCUAUCAAUUGGAAGUAUUAUAUUAACAUGUAUUGUAACAUUUUUAGCUGUAGUAUAUUGGUGUUCAAAACAACAAAAAUUAUUAAAAACUAAAUCGCAUUCAUCUGAAUUAGCAUCUUUUACAACACAUCCUAUUAAUGUUAAUACACCGAGACCAAAAGAAAUCAAAUUAUUUCCAAUUGUACCAAAAUUAGUUCAACCAAAUACAUCACCCUUAAUAUUGCCUACUAUUGAAUAUAGUAAUAAUAAUAAUAAUAAUAUUAAUGGAGAUCGAUUUACAACAGAUACAUGUUCAACAGCAGAUUCAUCAUCAUCAUCAACGGCUGUAGCUACAAAAAAAUUUCGAAAAAAAAAUCUACUAGAAAGGAGAGGUUCAAAUAAUUCGUUAACAAUUUCUAUAGCUCCAAAACAUCGUCUUCUUAAUAGUCCACCAGUUGAUUGUCCAUCUGAUGAAUAUUUACUAACAGCAACACGAAAACUAACUAUUGAUGAACUUCACCAACAUGCACAAGAUGCUCGAUUACUUUAUCAUGAAUUUUGGACAAUUCCAACGAAUCAUCUUGAAAAACUUCGUAUCUGUGGUGCUGGUACUAAAAAUCGUUAUGGUACCAUUAUUGCUAACGAGCAUUCCCGUGUAAAAUUAUCUGAAUUACCUGGUGAUCCACUUUCAUCAUAUAUUAAUGCAAAUUAUGUUAAUGGUUAUCCAAAUGAAUACCAUGCAUUUAUUGCAACACAAGGUCCACUUGCCAAUACAAUUAUUGAUUUCUAUCGAAUGAUUUGGCAAGAACAUGUACCAGUUAUUGUUAUGAUAACUCGUUUAUUUGAAAAAAAUAAAGCAAAAUGUGAAAGAUAUAUUCCAGAUAGCCAAGCUACUCAAUAUGGACCAUUUCAAGUUCAAGUUAAAUCAAUUUCAUAUAAAAACGAUUAUGAAAUACAUCGGUUGAUAAUUGAAUUUGAAAAAGAACAACGUGAAAUUGAACAUUAUUGGUAUACAGCAUGGCCAGAUCAAUCGUGCCCGGAUAUUGCUCAGCCAUUAAUUGAACUUGUUAAAAAUGUUGAAAAAAGUCGAUUAGAAUUAUCGAAUUUAAAUAAACAUUCUGGUCCUAUUGUUGUUCAUUGCAGUGCCGGGAUUGGCCGUACCGGAUGUUUCAUUGCACUGAGCAAUGGUAUAAAACAGCUUGAUAAUGAACGUAUUAUUGAUAUUGUUCGUAUACUCUGUGAAUUACGUCGAGAUCGUGGCGGAAUGAUACAAACAAAUGAUCAAUAUCAAUUUGUUUAUCAAGCAUUAAGCGAAUACGCAAGAACGUUGCAAUUCUCAUCUUGA